AUGGGACAGACGGGACAGACGAGAGACGUGACAGAUGUGACAGAUGUGACAGAUGUGACAGACGGGAUAGAUGUGACAGACGUGACAGACGUGACAGACGGGACAGACGGGACAGACGGGACAGACGGGACAGAUGGGACAGACGUGACAGACGUGACAGAUGGGACAGACGUGACAGAUGGGACAGACGGGACAGACGUGACAGAUGGGACAGACGGGACAGAUGGGACAGACGUGACAGACGGGACAGACGUGACGGACGGGAGAGACGUGACAGAUGUGACAGAUGUGACAGAUGUGACAGACGGGAUAGAUGUGACAGACGUGACAGACGUGACAGACGGGACAGACGGGACAGACGGGACAGACGGGACAGAUGGGACAGACGUGACAGACGGGACAGAUGGGACAGACGUGACAGACGGAACAGACGGGACAGACGGGACAGACGGGACAGACGUGACAGAUGUGACAGACGUGACAGACGGGACAGACGGGACAGACGUGACAGACGUGACAGACGGGACAGAUGGGACAGACGGGACAGACGUGACAGAUGGGACUUACGUGACAGAUGGGACAGACGGGACAGACGUGACAGAUGGGACAGACGUGACAGAUGGGACAGACGGGACAGACGUGACAGAUGGGACAGACGGGACAGAUGGGACAGACGUGACAGAUGGGACAGACGUGACAGAUGGGACAGACGUGACAGAUGGGACAGACGUGACAGACGUGACAGACGGGACAGAUGGGACAGACGUGACAGAUAGGACAGACGGGAUAGAUGUGACAGACGGAACAGACGGGACAGACGUGACAGACGGGACAGACGUGACAGAUGUGACAGACGUGACAGACGGGACAGACGUGACAGACGUGACAGACGGGACAGACGUGACAGACGUUACUAACGCCGUUACUUUUUUCAGUAACGAGUAA